CUCUAAUAACAAAAAAGAUCGAAGCGACACCGCCCCGAUCAAAUUCCCAAAGCGAUGGAGACGACGACGAUGGAGGCGUCGAGCUCGUGCUCCGGAGCGAUCGACUCCUCCAACAUAGGGUUUCAGAUGCUCAAGAAGUGCGGUUGGAAGGAGGGCACCGGGCUCGGCGCCUCCGAACAGGGAAGGUUGGAACCUCUGCAGACUCGCGUAAAGAAGAAUAAGCGCGGUUUGGGUGCUGAGAAAUUGAAGAAAAAGGAACAGCGGAAAGAUCCUAGUUCCAAGGACUUGAAGCCCAAGGAGAAAACUAAAGCGGUCUCUAAAAGAAUGAGGAGGAUGCAAGAAGAAGAAAAGAGAAUGCAAGAGAAGGAAUUCGAACGAGCUUUCUUUAGGGAGUUUUGGCCGGAUAAUGUUUAAAGUUUAUACUACAAUCUUAAUGCGCUGCCGGCUUGCACAGAGAGAGUUGAUGGGGCACUCUGUACAGGUACUUGGAAGUCUUCCUCUUGAUUAGUUGCUGAUGAUUUCGUGUAAUGUAGGUUGUAAUUUGUAAGAUGGAUAAAAUUAAGCUUCGUUCCUAAUCCACCGGGACUGGGAAAUCAAACUUUAAUUAGUGAUGCAGAGAAUAGCUUGCAGAAGGUCGAUUAUAUGAGGCUGGGCGAUGUUCCGCAUUGUGUAUGCUGAAGAGGCAGAUUUUAGUCAUGCAGAUUUAGUUCUUGUCAGAUUAAAAAGUUUGAAGAGGCAAAAAUAACAUCAGAUUUGGUUUCUGCAAAUGUAAAUGAUUCUUUCUUUUCUCUGUUUCUGCAAUGCAAUUCAAUUUUCCCCCCUCCCCAUAGAAGUUCUAAUUUCUCUGUCCUCCCAAAAGGUCCUUUUUUUACCCCCCUCAUUUUCCUCUCCUUGUAAAUUUGUUGUAUUUUGCAUUAAUUGGAUUAAUUUGUUGUAGAUUUUACUUUUA